UAUUAAAAUCGUAAUGGUGGCUAUUCGUGCUCGUGGAAAUCAUUGCAUUGCUGACAACAUAUUUUAGAAAAAAGGAUUGGGAAACCUUCAAAAAUUAAUAAUUAAUGGAUUUCGGCUGAAAUAACUCAGGAUGGAACGAGUACAGUAUUGUUUCAUCUGUAACGUCACAGUUGGAACAUCGACAAGGCAUUGUGUUCAUGUUUUCGAUGAUGACACUACAUUUCAAACGGAUAAAAAACUACCAGAAAUAAUCGAAGAGAUCAUUGGAAAGAGCCUGGAAGCGUCUUCAUUGAUAUCGCAAGUUAUCUGCAAAAAAUGUCUCAGGACGCUGGUCGAGUACGAUGGCAUUACAAAACGGCUCGAAGUGUUAAAAAAGGAAGUACAAGAGAACAUGUCAAAGACAGCACAGAUUCAAGCUUCUAAAAAGAAUGUUGUGACCAUCAAGAAGCAUCCAAAACAAAUUGUGUUGUCGAAGUCUAAGCUUCAGCCGUUACCGGCUAACUUUGUUUUGAACAUGAAAAAUGUACCAACACUCACCAAGACUCAACUUGUUAAUAAUGAUUCAGAUUCUGCAACGGCAGUGCCACAAAACGUGUUCAAGAUGACAGAGCCAACAAUAAGCCUUAAAGCAACUAUUGGCUCCACCGUCUUCACUCACACUCUAAAAUCAACGAUGAAAAUGGAACCAGACCCGUUAAGUAUCACACCGUCAGAUAUGAACUUGAUCAUGACACCGAGUAAAGCAAGCGUUAAUAAAAAGACUGCAGUCAAGUCAUCACAGAAUUCAGUAGCAAAGUCAACGAAGAAUCCAAUAUUGAGUUUCAAUGUGGAUGCGUUGCCAAAAGAGUUUUUCUCAACUACCGAGAGAGAGACUUCGUUGAGGAAUGAACAAGUUGACCUUGAUGAUGAUAGCGAUGAUAAUGAUAGUACGGAGAAUAACGAUGAACAGGAAAUGGAGAUUGAUGAAGAUUGUUCGCUGGCCGUGGUGCCUGUCACCACAGAUGACAGCGGAAAGUUAAUCUUUGACGUUGAUGGCAAACAAUCCAAAACAAACAAUUUGUUCGACAUGGGUUUGCUUCUGUCGUCCGAUAGCCAGGAACAAAACAACGACGCUCAAAGUAAAUACAUUCUGGACAAGCUGCAGAUACUUGCCGACGAUGAUGAUGAUGGUGAUGAACAGACAAUAGUGAUGAAGAACAGCGAUGGCACCACCAUAAUUAAAAUGGGGGCUGGACAGAAGGUGGUGUAUGAUGGUGAAAACUUCUCGUUUGUGCCAUGCGGGCAAACAACGGAAAACAACGAUAGCCAAGAUUCUAACGAGGAGUCCCAAAUCGAGUUGCAAGUGUCUGGCGACGAAGAAACCGCCAACGCGAUCAUAGCCGCCGCCCAAGAGCAAGGAGGAGCAUUUAUAAAGGUGGAGUCCGGGGAAAUGUAUAAGGUCAAGUCUGUGCAAAGCAAAAACGAUGACGAAGAAGCUUUGCAUAUCCAAAGCAUUGUUGAAUGUGAAAAUGGCCAAUACACUUGCCAACUGUGUAAGCAACAAGACAGCACCAAAGAUCCGUUCGUCGGGGAGUCGGACAAAAUGAUGCUGCACCUGAAGAAAGUUCAUAACGCGCGAGUAUACAUCUGCCAGAUUUGUGGUUUAGUACUGAGGAAGCGCACGGAAUACACCAAUCAUAUAGAGGAGCACGCAGAAAAGUCUCGCUCUACCAUCAACAAGUCCAAACUGCACGCGUGCAACCUCUGCUCGCGCAAGUUCACGUCGCGUGCGCUGCUCGCCGCGCAUCAUAAUUCGCAUUCCGGCGCGCGCCCGCACUCGUGUCGUCGCUGCCAUAAGGCCUUCGCUUCUAAGUACACGCUGCAGGCUCAUGAGAAGACGCAUUUGGAGCGGCCGCGGCCCCACAAAUGUCCGUCUUGCGGCAAAGCGUUCUUGACGCUGCAGAAUCUAGCGCAGCAUGAGAAAACGCAUUCUAGUGUCAAAGAGUUCGUCUGCAAGGUCUGCGAGAAAGCGUUUUCAACACAGCACAACCUGGAAGUCCACGGCGUUAUCCACUCGGGCCGGAAGCCGUUCUUCUGCUCCGUCUGCAGCAAGGCCUUCGCCAGGAAGCCCGAGGUCAAGGACCACAUGAGGACGCACACGGGGGAGCGUCCCUUCGCGUGCGAUAUCUGCGGAGCAACAUUCUCACAGCGCUCCAAUCUGUUGUCUCACAAGCGCGCUACGCAUCUAGACGACAAGCGAUACCACUGCCAGCUGUGCCCCAAGAAGUUCAAACGGCGACGGUUACUGGACUACCACACCAAAGCGGCUCACACGGGCGAACGUCCGCUCAACUGCUCGGUGUGUCGCGCCACAUUCGUGUAUCCCGAGCACUAUAAAAAACAUCUCAAGAUACACAACGGGGAGAAACCUUACGCUUGCGAGGUGUGCGGCAAAACGUUCACCUCGCGCGACAAUCGCAACACUCACCGCUUCGUCCAUAGCGACAAGAAGCCCUACGAGUGUCUCUCCUGCGGCGCCGGGUACAUGCGCAAACAGCUGCUUUAUGCGCACAUGCACACUACGGGUCACGUCGCGGAAUCUAUAGUAGUAAAUCAACCGAGAGUUAUCAAGGCAACAGAAAAUGGUAUCGUAACACCGUUGAUGGACGUGAACGGUGUAGAAAUUAAAACAGACAAAAUGGCGAACGCUAUAUUUGAAACAACACAGGAGCUGGAAAUGAAUCAAACUGAUGCCGAUGCCAAUACAGUGGAAACCACUAUGAGUCUAGUCCAAGCGAGCAAUGAAGCCACAUUCUACACCAUAGAAAAUUUAGAGGGAUUAAUAGAAAACAGCUCGGAGGACCAAAGAGAAAUUUUAACCACAGAUGCCAAAGGAGACAUAAUGAGACUGAUACAAGUGCAGUUGCCAGACGGAAAAACUGGUUGGGUUGCCAUAGACCAAUGAAAAAAGUGCUCAUUAUCUAUAAAAGUUUUUAUCAGAUUAGAAAUCUGUAAUAUUAGGUUUAAAGUUGUCUCCUAAAUCAGAGCUGUGUUAGUUUUUAAUAAUAACUAAAGUUAAGCAACUUAUAUUGUGGUUAAAAAUGGAUGGUUCACCAUUUGACAUUUAUAUUAUACUUAACUAUGUAUGAAAAUAUUUGUGUUAUGAUUACAAUAACACUGCUGGAAACGAACCCGCAAACUUGGCUGGUGUUUCGUAGUUCAGCAUCGAGCCACUAGGUAAUUAGUAUUUUAUUUUGUAGGUUGCCAUCUUUAAAUACAUUAAUAGCACAAAAUUAUUUUAAGUCGCCGAAGUCAUUUUUUUAAAAAUAAAAUAAGCCUAAGGUUAUGAUAAUUUAAGCAAUACUACUCGACUGAACUCGUUUUCAUUGUUUAUAAUAUGUAGCUUAAAUUAGUAUUGUACUUUUUACUGCCUGGAUGUAUUUUAAAAUACCUUAUUUACAUUGUUUUAUUAUAGAUGUCUUUAGAGUGAUGAAAUCAGUUUUUUUAUUAUUUCUACUAUUCUCCACACUUAUUUACAUAAACGAUAAACGAUUUUAUAUAAUUAUUAUUCUGUGAUUUUACUUCUUCUUAAUAAAACAUAACUGCUAUUAACAUCACAACUACAAUAAGUACGUAACAUGCUUUCGAAUAAAAUUAAGGUAAGAAUAAUUACUUAUGUAAAUUUUAUAAGUUGUCUGUACAUUGUGUAAAUAUACACUGUAUUAAUAUAAAAAUAUACUUUUCAUGAACUA